UAUUUGCGAAGGAAUAUGGUGCUUUUAAAAAAGAUUAGAAUGGCAGACUACUACAUGUUGCUCGAGGUUCACAAAACGGCACCUGCCAGUGAGAUUAAAAAAGCGUACAGAAAACUAGCUCUCAAAUGGCAUCCAGACAAAAACCCCAACAAUGCCGAGGAAGCUACAAUUAGAUUUAAGGAAAUCUCUGAAGCCUAUGAUGUUUUAUCUGAUGAAAAGAAAAGAAAGAUUUAUGAUAAAUAUGGAAAAGAUGGAUUGACAUCAGGUGCCCGACAACAGAGCCGGGGUCGAAGAUCAAGGACAGAGGAUGGAUUUGAUGAUGAAUUUUCCUACGGGUUUCCGUCAUUUGCGUUCCGAGAUCCAUUUGAUAUAUUCCGCGAAUUUUUUGGAGGAGGAGAUCCAUUCGAGGACAUGAUGGAUCCAUUUGGAGAUCCAUUUGCAGGGUUUGGUAUGAUGGGUGCGAGGAAUCAACGUCACGGAGGAGGUCUAGUGAUGAGACAUCAGCGACGAAAUCAUCCCAUGAACGCCAUGUCCCCGUUUGGAGCUUUCGGAGGUUUUGGAUUUGGUAUGCCUGGAUUUGGAAUGGGAUUCGGUGGUACUCUUCUGGACGAAUUAGAUUCAGGGUUUGGUGCAAAUAGUUCAAUUCAAUCGUUCAGUAGUUCCUCGUUCGGUGGAGGAUCUGGAAUGUCCAUGAGAAGUUCGUCCAGCUCCACAAGGUUCCUCAAUGGCAAAAAGAUCAUGACAAAGAAGGUUGUAGACAAUGGAGUUGAAACCGUUACAACAUAUGAAAAUGAUGUUCUCAAAUCUCAGACGGUCAACGGUGUUCCUCAAGCAAUCCAGGGAGCGGUUCCAACGCAACGAAUUUCAUCAGGAUCCAGAAUUCAUGCUCACAGUGCUCAGCACGCGCAUAAUCCGAACACAGUUGAUGCAAGGUUGCAUGCACUGGGUGCGCGAAGUCAUGGUGCCCAUGUCGGAGACCCUCGCCUUGCUCACGGUACACAUGAUCGACAUCGAGCACGUCGACAUCAAUGAAUUUUUAGAGAUAACAUCUAAUCAAGUACCAAGUUUUUUCUUAAAGCUUUAAAUUUGUAUGAAGUUCUCAUUCAUUGAUUUAAAAUUUUUUGUUUUAAUGUCUGUGCUGGGAUGAUGCGUUGUUUAAAUAGGAAAAUAGUUAAUUCAUAAUAAAGACUGAGUUAGAAUAUGGGGUUUAGUUAGUUUGAUUUGGUUUUAAAAAUCAUUUUCUGUGUUGUAAUUCAUGAAUCCUGUUCUACAACUCAGGGAAAAGCAAAUUUAAGGAUUUAGUUUUGAUCCUUGCAUAGAAUUUAUUUUUGUAGAGGUGAAGUGAAUUUUCUGAAAAAAAAUCGCCGACAUAAUCAAACAAUUACUCGUGAACUAAGGUUAAAACUUGCAUUUUUCUUUAAAAAAAUAAACGUCGACUGUAGAUAAACAGUGGAUUUUAAGUAAUAUUUACCUUCGCUGGAAUUUUGUAAUGAACAUUCGACACUUUUUUCUGUCAAGAAAAUUUAAUUAAGACUACUGCUGACAAAAACUUUUGUAAAUUCGAUUGUUUAUAGCGCAACUUCCCUCUAUUGUUUAAUUACUUUUCGCUAUUCAUUUAAUUUGGUCCCAGUUUAAGCCUGUAAAAAUACAGUUUAAACAAUGUUAAAUCAUUCUCUGUAAGAUCAAGUAGACUUUUCCGCCCAUUUCUAAAAUCCUUUUCUGUAAGAUCAAGUAAUCAAAUAAUUUGAAUAACCCUUUAUACAUACACUUGGGAAAAGUCAGGGCUGAUAAUACUUUAAAUCUCCUUUAAGUUCGGCUUAACCUUUGAUAUCUAGAGUUGUCUAGAGAUAAAAAUAGACUGAAGGGUUCCCUGCCCCUUUUGUGUUAAGGAUACUAAGAAAAAUGAGUUUAAAACAGUCAGACGUCAGGAAAGGCUAAGGAUUCGGUCUGUCCUAAGUAGAGUUUAAAAAAAACCAUAAAUAUAAUUUUUAAUUUAAAUUGAUUUUUCACAUAUAAAUUUUAUAAUAGGGGUGUAUAUUUUUUACAAAAAUCUUAUUUUUUUCAUCUCUUUGAUAAUAAUUCUUUUACCCAUGAUGAGUUAGGUAUGUUUGAGCUGAGCACCAACAAUUUUGAAUAUGUUUUUUUCCCGCUCAAAUAAAUGAUUUUUAGGGGGAAUUAAGCGCAUUUUUGUUGGAAAAAGUAGCUAAAAGGAUGUAAAAACAUGUCCAUUAAUGUCCACUUUUUCAUCCCCCCCCCAUUAAAAAAUCAUUGUCUAAUCAUUGCAAUCUUUAAAAUUAUACACCCCUGUUGUACAUAAUCUGUAAAAAUUACAAGGGUAAAAGUAUUGUUGUAAAAGCAUUCCUCAUUUUUCAAAAAGUUAAAAAAAAAAA